AUGUCUGUUGUCCUCGUUACAGGGUCAUAUGACCACGACAUCCGAUUCUGGGAAGCAUGGAGUGGUAUAUGUUCCAGGACUAUUACGCGGAAAGACGAGCAAGGACAAGUGAAUCGCCUGGCGAUAUCCCCGGAUAAACGCUUGUUGGCCGCCGCGGUUCAUAAGAAGGUUAAUGUCUACGAAGUCGCCAGCACCUCUUCCGGGCCUCUCAUUUCGUUCGAGGGGCAUAACGGCAACAUCACCUCCGUUUCUUUCCACAGCGAGGGCAAGUGGUUGGUGACAGGAAGCGAAGAUGGCACGAUCAAGAUCUGGGACCUCCGAAGCACCCAUUUGCACCGCAAUUAUGACAAUGAGGCACCCGUGAAUGAUGUGGUGGUGCAUCCAAACCAAGGCGAACUUAUCUCGUGCGACCAAGCCGGAAGAAUCAAGCAGUGGGACCUAUCAGAGAACAUAUGCACACAUGAAUUGACCCCCGCAGGCGAUAUUCCCAUGCGCUCUAUCAGCCUGGCAUCUGAUGGGUCCUGCCUGGUAGCUGGCAACUACAAGGGCAAGUGCUAUGUUUGGAAGAUCAACGACGAACGGUCGGACCUGCCUAGAUUCCAGGCCGUCACUAAAUUCCAAGCGCAUAGCAAAUACCUCACCAGGUGUCUGCUGAGCCCGGAUGUAAAGUACUUGGCGACAUGUUCCGCAGACACGACGGUGAAGAUAUGGUCAUUGACAUCAAAUUAUGAGUUCAAGCUCGAAAAGGUGUUGCAAGGGCACCAGCGGUGGGUCUGGGAUUGUGCUUUUAGCGCCGAUUCUGCCUACCUUGUCACAGCGUCUUCUGACCAUACAGCGCGGUUAUGGGAAAUGGCAUCAGGAGAGACCGUAAGGCAGUACAGCGGACACCACAAGGCGGCUGUCUGCUGUGCAUUGCACGAUGGGGCCGGCUAG